UAUUUGUCUGUUUGUAUAAAUAAAUUAAUGUUAUAGAUUUAUUUCUGGAAUAAUUUAUGUAUUAUAUCCAGAAUAACAUUUAAAAUGUCUUAUUCCAUUGUGGUUUUCACUGAAGAAAACACAGUUUCUGCUGUACCAUCAUAUUGGUUUCGCGCAUCAACCAAGAAGUGUGCUUGGCCUAAGCCAUCACAUACGGCAGCUAGUGUGUCAAGAUUAAUAGCAAAAAGAACUCCCUACAAUUCAAUUGACUUUAAUUUAUUUGAUGCAAGAGUUCUUAAGAAUAAUAUAGGAUCAUAUUUGGAUGCACAGAAAAUAGCUAAAACUGCUGUCUUAACAUCAGAUUUGUCUGAAUGCGAAAAAAGUAUAGAGAAAAAACGAAAAAAUAAAGAGCAAGAACCAACUUCUUAUAAAAAUCAUGAAAAAAAAGUGAAAAAUCAAAUUGUUGUUCCACAAUAUCACUCUCAAUCCAGUUCAAGCUCUUCAGAAUUUGAUGAUUCAGAUAAGGACAUCUCAUAUGCUGAACCGUUGAAGAAACCCAUAUUAUCACCAUCUAAUUCUAGUAUUAGUUUUGAGAUUGGAAAUGUUGACACUAAUAUAAAUAUAAGCCAAAAUAAAACGAACAAUGAAGAAAUAGAGGCUUUCCAACCUUUGCAGACUGACAGUAAUCAAUUAAUGACUAUAAUUGAAUCAUUAGUGGUUAAAGUUGAUGGUCUUGGUAAACAGAUAGCUGGACUACGUUAUGAUAAUAGAUCUCUGUUUGAUUUAGUAGAAAAUAUUGAAAAAAAAAUGGACAGAUUAAAUGGAGCAGAGGUUAUACAAAACCAUAGAGAAGUUCAAUGUUUAAUUGGACGGUCAAUAUUGAAAACGAUUUGUGAUGAUGAUGAGCUACAAGAAGUAGACAUGAAAUUAAUAAGCUCUGAGUUAUCUGAAUUUCGUACUAUGUUUGUUUUAGAGCUAACAAGAUUAAUGGGAAAUGAUAUAAAAAGAUCAAUUAAACGAAUUUUUGAAAAAUUAUUCAGUGAUGAUUUGUUGUGUUCUUAUUCUUAUCACGGAAUAAGAAAUAAAAAAUCAUUUUCUACAUUAAAUAUUUGCAAUGUUAUUUUUGAAGCUAUAAGAAAUGACAAAAAAUUUUGCAAUGUUCAAGAAAAAGAAAUUGAGGAUGCCAUACAAAAAUACUUGGCUCAAAGGCCAUUUGUAUUAAAAAGAAAUAAAAAAACCAAAUUGAAGUUGAAAAUCAAAAUGCAGGUGGCAGUUAUCAACUUGAAAAUAUUGAAAAUAUAACGUUUUAAUAUUUAUUUAUUUUAUAUAAGUUCAAAUAUUAUUUAAAAAUAAUGUAUUGUACAAAAAGGUAUCUAUAAUUAAAAUUAUAAAAUUAUCUAUAAAUGGAUUUUCAUUUUGUUUUACUCAAGUAUUCUUAUUAACUUAUAAAAUGUAAUGAUGUUGAAAGCAAUACACAAGCAUUUUUUUAUA